AUGAGUGUGAUUUCAAAAAUUGAGACAACUCAAACUGACGAGACGAAUGCGAAGAAAGAAAACGACGAAAAACUCAAUCGUCUCCUCGCCGAGCAAAGACAAGUGUUGACUGAUGCACUUAACCGACAGCAACAACAGUCGGCAACCUCAUCACUUGAUCUCAUCAAACAAACAGUCACCGAAACACUCGAUUCACAACAGCAACAGGAGUUAUCACCUCAGGCCAUUGAGCGGCUUGAACGCAGUCUUAUUCAAACUAUCCAGCAAGGAGUACAGAGAACUACUCAGAAAACUGACGACACUGAUGCAGUUACCCGAUUGCAAGAUACUCUAGAGCGAACGAUCAAGAAACAAGAGGAGAUGAAAAAAGACAACGGUGAUACUCUUAAUCGUUUGUUUGCCGAACAGAGACAAGCCCUGAUGGCCACGCUUGCACAGCAGCCGUCGACACUGUCACUCGAUCACAUCAAACAGACAGUAAUGGAAGCACUCAGCGAGCAAAAUGCAGCAGCAACUACAACCAGCACCACCGCAAGCGUGUCAGGUCAUCGAAACCCGACGACCAUUGUUAUAAAGCCUGAAGUAAAAAUUCGUGCCGAUCUCAAGCAAACCUGCAUCGAUCCUGCUUUUCGAGAACAACGCGAUGCUGUCAUCGCUAAUAAACAGCUACGUGAUGCCGUACAACGAUGGUCGAAUGCUAGUUCUAUGGCUGAUCUAGUAGAUAAGAUUAAAGCGUAUGGUAAAAAUAAUUUAGAAAAUGCCUGGUUACUCUUCUAUUGGAUAGGUCAAAAUAUUCGAUACAAUUUGUAUUGUCAAAAUAACGCGGCCGAGAGCGUCUUUCGACAACGAACAGGCGUAUGUCGAGGUUUUGUGAGUCUCUAUCAUGAAUGUUGUUCACUACUGGAAAUCGAAUGCUUGGAAAUCUCAGGCUAUGCUAAACAGGCUUUUCUCAAGCCGGGUGAAGAUCUUAAAAAGUCACCGCAUGCUUGGAAUGCUAUUGUGCUCGAUCAGUACACCCAUCUACUCUAUCCGACAUGGGGUGCUGGCGGCGGUGACGGUACGAACGAACUAGAAGAUUUCUAUUUUCUUACAUCACCCGAAGAACUAAUCUAUACACACUAUUGUAAUGGACAUCAGUUACUCGAUCCAGAAAUAACUAAACCAGACUUUCUUAGUUUACCGGUUAUGAAAUCUACCUAUUAUCGAUUAAAUUUAAAUUUGCUCUCGCCCAAGCAAGGCUUCAAUGACACCAGUCAGAAUUUAUUCAAAAUUGCCAUUAAAACACCAGAACAGAUUAAUUUGUUUGCUGCUCUCAAAGUUGGCGAUACUGAAUAUCCGCGUAACCUGCAUACAUUAUGUCAACGCGAUGCGAUGCAAGCCGGUGUCUACAAUUGUUAUAUAGCUCCCCCCGCUGAUGGACUCUAUGAAAUAGCCAUUUUUGCGAAAACAAACAACGAAAAAACCUAUCGAGAUUCUAUUUAUAUGAGACUGCACGUUUCAAAUAUUGUUCAAGCCAUCACUUUUCCUCUCACUUAUCAACCAUUCAACGAACAUAAAUGUAUUUUGAUCGAACCUCUUCGUCGUCUCGUGCAGCAGAAUGAACGUGUCUUAAUCCAUAUGAAAAUUCCUAAUACAAAUGUAAUCAAAAUUCAUAAUGGGGAUGAUUAUAUUGUACCUACUAAGGACGAAUACAAGAAUGGACUACUCAAGAAAGAGAUACAAGUGCAAGGAGAUAUUCAAGUGUGCGGCCGAUGGGAUGAUAAAGCUGAUUCGAUUUUAACCAUUUGUGUUUUCAAUAUGAUUUGA